AUGCCGGGCUCUGGGCCGCCCGAACCAGCCCUCAUUCUGGCACUCCCAGGGCCCGCCUGGCAGCUUGUGCCUCCCCCAAGUCCUUCAGGCUUAGAAUAUUGCCAACAGAGAAGACGCUCUGUUCUCAGCGCCCCAGAGGAGGCUGGCCGCAUCCCCCCCAGGGCUCUGGGCAGCACCAAGCGAGCGGGCUGUGGCUUUCCUAAUGGGAUCAGCUUGAGCCGCCACGGGAAGGAAAGCUCUCAGGAUGAGAGAGGGGCCGCUGCCAUCUUUACCAUGCAGAUGGACGACUACCUCGGGGGGAAGCCCGUGCAGUGCCGAGAGCUACAAGGCUACGAGUCUACUGAAUUUGUCGGCUAUUUCAAAGGAGGGAUAAAAUACAAGCACGGAGGCGUGGCAUCUGGAUUCAAUCACGUCGUCACCAACGAUCUGACCGCUAAGCGGCUGCUGCACGUGAAGGGCCGCCGCGUGGUCCGGGCCACAGAGGUGCCCCUCGGCUGGGAGAGCUUCAACAUGGGCGACUGCUUCAUCGUUGACCUCGGGACGGAGAUCUACCAGUGGUGCGGCUCGUCCUGCAACAAGUACGAGCGUCUGAAGGCCAACCAAGUGGCCAUCGACAUUCGGGACAAUGAGAGGAAAGGACGAUCCCAGCUGAUUGUCGUGGAAGAUGGGGAGGAGCCCCCCGAGCUGCUCGAGGUCUUAGGGACGAAGCCCGAGCUGCCGGAGGGCGAUGUGGACGCUGAUUACGUGGCCGACGACACCAACCGGAGGAUGGCCCGGCUGUACAUGGUCUCUGACGCCACCGGGAACAUGAGUGUGUCGGUCGUGGCAGAGGAGAACCCUUUCUCCAUGGGAAUGCUUCUGUCGGAGGAGUGCUUCAUCCUGGAGCACAUGGCUGCCCAGCAGAUUUUUGUGUGGAAAGGCAAAGACGCUAAUCCUGAGGAGAGAAAGGCUGCCAUGAAGAUGGCAGAAGAGUUCCUGCAGGACAUGGGUUAUCCCUCCAGUACCCACAUUCAAGUUCUUCCAGAGGGAGGGGAGACGUCCAUCUUCAAGCAAUUCUUUAAUGACUGGAGGGACAGGGACCAAAGCGAUGGCUUUGGGAAGGUGUACGUCACUGAGAAAGUGGCCAAGGUCCAGCAAAUUCCAUUUGAUGCCCAAAAAUUACACGAGUCUCCCCAGAUGGCAGCCCAGCACAACAUGGUGGAUGAUGGCUCUGGGUCUGUGGAGAUAUGGCGAGUGGAGAGCAAUGGCAGAGUCCAAGUGGACCCACAAACUUAUGCAGAGUUCUACGGGGGCGACUGCUACAUCAUACUGUACACCUACUCCCGAGGGCAGAUCAUCUACACCUGGCAGGGGGCUCACGCGAGCCGAGAUGAGCUCGUGCACUCGGCCUUCUUGACCGUCCAGCUGGACCGCUCCUUGGGAGGGACGCCUGUGCAGGUUCGAGUCUCCCAAGGCAAGGAGCCUGCGCACUUGCUGAGCCUGUUCAAAGACAAACCCCUCAUUAUCUACAAGGAUGGGACAUCCCGGAAAGGGGGACAGACGCCUCCUGCCCCUACACGCCUCUUCCAAAUCCGCCGAAACCUGGGCUCCAUCACCAGGAUUGUGGAGGUGGACCUGGACGCAGAUUCGCUGAAUUCCAAUGACGUGUUUGUCCUGAAACUGCCCCGGAACGCCGGCUACACGUGGGUGGGGAAGGGAGCCAGCGCGGAGGAGGAGAAGGGGGCCGAGUGCCUGAAGAGCGUCCUGAAGUGCCACACCACGAAGAUCCCGGAAGGCCAGGAGCCAGAGGAGUUCUGGAACGCGCUGGGCGGGAAGAAGCCGUACCAGACGUCGGCGCUGCUCGAGAGCCAGGCCUGCGAGCACCCUCCCCGCCUCUUCGGCUGCUCCAACAAAACCGGCCGCUUUCUCAUCGAGGAGGUUCCCGGAGAAUUCACGCAGGACGACUUGGCCGAGGAUGACGUCAUGCUGCUGGAUGCUUGGGAGCAGAUCUUCCUUUGGAUUGGCAAAGAUGCGAAUGAAGUGGAGCGAUCAGAAUCCCUCAAGUCUGCCAAGGCCUACCUGGAGACGGACCCUUCCGGGAGAGACCAGAGGACGCCGAUCGUCAUCGUCAAACAGGGCUACGAGCCGCCCACGUUCACCGGCUGGUUCCUGGGCUGGGACGCCCACAGAUGGUGAAGACGCGACCCCGCGACAGCCGUGUGAAGACGUGUUUGGAGGGAUGCGCAGCUCGGCCGUCCAGUCGCUCGUAUUCUGUCCCUAAGCCGGGACUUCUUGCACGGAUGGCGGAAAGGAC